AUGCCUGGAUCUCCAACAUUCUAUCAAAUUCUCGACUUGCCUGAAGGCUUCCACACCCAUUCGUUACUACAUUUGAAGGCCCUCAGAACUGCGUAUCACAAGGCUCUUCUUAGGAACCAUCCAGAUAAGACCUCAAGUGCCACUGAAACUAAGCCUACGAAGGUUUACACAAUCGAUCAAAUAACGCAAGCUUUCUCUACUCUAUGCGAUCCAAAAUUGGCUGCCGCGUACAGCAAGGAGCUAGAGUCAAGGGCUGUAUCCUACUACAGGGAAACUUGGGCAAAGGAUUAUCGCCCCAUCGCUGAAACAGUUGAUUUGGAGGAAAUAUGCUUUGAUGAUUCGGAAAAACUUUGGUUUAAGGAUUGCAGGUGUGGUGAUGAUCGCGGUUAUAUUGUUCAGGAAAAAGACUUAGAGGUAGCGACGGAGGAUGGUGAAAUCAGCAUUGAAUGCAGAGGGUGUAGCCUGUGGCUAACUGUGCUGUUUGGGGUGGUGGAAGAAGAAUCGAGUGACCGCGCGCAAACGGAUAACAUGGAUUGUAGCAUCUUAGACAAUAAUCCUGAAGUGAUGUGUCAUGUUUCUUCCGAAUCAACACAUCAGUAG